CCACCGCCUCCUCCCCGCCCGCUCUCACUUACGUGCGGCCGGGCGGGCGGGCAGGCACGGAGCCGCCGUCCCGCACCCGCGCACUUGUCGGAGAUGAACCGCGCCGCGCUGCGGGUCUCGCUCCUACUCCCGCUCCUGCUCCUGCCCUCCCUGGGCCAUGCCGGCUCCGACAGCGAGAGCGACCAGGAACACGGCGGCGAUGAGCACCCGCACUCCCCGGGGAAAGGCCACAGCCACUGGAGCUAUGAAGACAUAAAGCACUGGAGUGAGGAUUACUCGGACUGUGGGGGCACCAAGCAGUCACCCGUCAAUGUUGACACAGCUCAGGCCAUCUUCAGCCCCGACCUGCGGCCGAUCCAGCUCUCUGGCUACAGCCUGCCUGCCAACAAGCUGCUCAAGCUGAAGAACAAUGGGCACACAGUUGUCCUUGAGCUGCCCGAGUCGCUGGCCCUCACUGGUGGCUAUGCCCAGCAGUACCGAGCCGUGCAGCUGCAUCUGCACUGGGGGUCCCCAUCAGGACCUGGCUCGGAGCACACCGUCAAUGGCCGACGCUUUGCUGCCGAGAUCCACGUGGUCCACUACAACACCAAGUAUGACAGCUUUACAGAGGCGAUGGUUCACCCAGAUGGACUGGCUGUWCUCGGAGCCUUUCUGGAGGUUGGCCAUGGGGAGAACCAAUACUACCAUGAAAUAAUUAAGCACCUGCCCGAAAUCCAAGAAGUAGGACAGGAAACCUUGGUGCCUGGAUUCAACAUUGCAGGUCUGCUGCCRGCCAACCUGAAAUUCUACUUCCACUAUAAUGGCUCUCUGACCACCCCUCCCUGCUAUCAGACAGUCAAAUGGACAAUCUUCAACCAGACCAUGCUGCUCUCUCAUCGCCAGAUGUCAAUGCUGUUUUCAAGCCUGAGGACCGAUGACAAUGAGRUUCUGCAGAACAAUUAUCGGCCAGUGCAGAACAUGCAUGGGCGACGGAUGCUGGCGAGUUUCCAGACCACCCUCUCAGUGAAGCACUCUCCCACUGGCGGUGAUGACUCAGCAGCAGCAGGACACUCCAGCUCAUUUCAUGCAGGAGACGUGCUGGCCGUGCUCUUCGGGGUGCUCUUUGCUGUCACUGCACUGGCCUUCCUCCUGUACAUCUACAAGCACCGCAGCCAGAACACACGGCUGGACUCGCCGACCAAAUCCAAGGUCAUCUACACUGCAGCCAGCACUGAGAACACCGCGUAAACUCCACACUUCUGUGGCAGUCCCAGCGCCACCGGCUCAGCCCGCCACCUCACCUCCCUCACUUGCACCACAGGUCAAGAAGAGCCAGUGCUCCAGCAACCCUCGGCUGCAUGGGCUGCACUCACUAUUUGUCUGGGGAUAGCAUUUGACGCCAAUAGAUAUUUUUGUUAUAAAAUGAAGUAAAAACUACUAAAAAAAAAAAAAUAAAAGCCUCCCAUGGUACC